UUAUCUGGUAUGUUCGCGGUGCCGCAAGCAGCUUUCUGAGCAACAACCAAUGCAUCAAUCCGAAUCAGAUGAAGAUGAUGAAACUCGAGAAAGUGAAAAAGAAGAUUUAGAAUCAGAACCAGGUGAAGACAUUGUAGAUAUUAUUGAUGAACCUGUUGCUGGAUGCUCACAAGUUUCUAAAAGUAUUAGUAUUCACUCAAAUAAGAGCUCUGCGCCAACAAUAAGCAUUGAAUCUAAAUUACCAACGAUAAAUGCUGCGUUAGCUGUGCUCGAAAAUUCGCCGAUUCCUCAAAAAAAACUGAAAUUGGAUCCUUGGGUAGAAAAUAAAGUCGAUAAAAUAGCUGCAAAUUUAAAACGAACCUUAGGCUUACCGUAUGUUGCUGAUAAUAAAAGCUCUGACUUGCGACAAGAUGGGAAACAUUUUCGUGAACUUAUAGAAAAACUAAAGGACAAAUUUCAUGCAAAUGAUACUACCAAGAAUAUGAAAAUUCAGAUUUUAACAUUGCUACCUAGUGAUUGGAGCUUAAGGAAAAUUGCGGAAAUUAUGGACACGACAAAACACAUGGCGCAAGUUUCAAGACACGUAAUAGAAAAACGUGGAAUAUUAUCAUCUGGAGAUGCUCGACAAGGAAAAAAUUUACCUGACUCUACAAAAUCACUAAUCAUCGCAUUCUAUGAAGAUGAAAGGAAUAGUUCAACGAUGCCUGGCAUGAAAGAUUUUAUUUCCGUUCGUAAUGAACGUGGGGAACAUGAUUAUCAAAUUGAGGCUGAAUGGCAUUAUUUUGCCACAGCUCAUGGAAAGGGUCCAUGUGAUGGUGUAGGUGGUACUUUGAAAAGAGAGGCAGCGAGGGCUAGCUUACAACGUCGUGUUGACGAGCAAAUAACAAAUGCUAAAGAAUUAUUUAAUUGGGCUAAUGAAGGUAAUCGUCUACCCAAUAUUACUCUUCCUCCUAUCAAACAGAAACACCACAAUCCACUUAUUGUCAUAGAUUGUCCAAAGCAAAAUAAAUUUUUAAAAUCUGGACCAGUAGAUAUUCGACUCGAGUUUGAAUCAACAACACAAUUUCCAGCUCAAACAUCAUCUUAUUGUUUGGUUUUAUAUGAUCGAAUUAUUGAAUAUAAUCCAAUUAGUGGUUCAGUACGCAAGCUCGUUUAA